AUGGCGAUGUAUGCAGAAUCUUGCAGUACUACCAGUGCGCAGGGCAACAUUCGUGAGAAAGGCUUCGGCGCACCGGAUCGCAAUGGGUAUGUGAAAACACGCGUCACCCCGCGGUGCAAAGACCCAGACUGUAAAACGUGGCUCGGGCUGAUGUUUAACCAACUAUGGAGUUCCCAGAGGCUCCGGAGCGCAGUGUGCGUGGGGUCGCUCUCCGUUUUCCUCGCCGCUCUGGUCAAAUGCGCAGGCUGGACAGCUGAGGCCAGCAGCAGCGCUGACAACACACUCUCGCACUCACCGUCCCCCCUCCACUUUGUUUCAGGCUGCGCAACCGAGCUGUUGCAAACUUGCUGGAGUGCGCUGUCGUUGCUGUUCGCGCUCGUAUGUGCCUUCUUCUGGCUCGGCGUAUACUUGAUCCACUGCGGGGUGCUGAUCGAGACCCUCUUCUCCCUUCUGACCUUGUGCCACCUAGGCGAAGUCGCGGCGUGGUCUCUUCUGGACGGGACAGAUGAACAGCUGUUCUCGUCCACCACAGCGGCCGGGGUUGUGCUCCUCUGCGCGGCCGCUGGCGCACUCAUGGUAGCUCGGCUGAACCAGGGCACAUCGGUGAUCCUUUUAAUCAGCGUAGCCAGGACUAUCUCACUGCUCUCGCUGCACAAAGUGCGGGCCGCCUGGAGACCGUACGUGGCGUACCUGGUCGGAGUGCUGGGCAUCCUGCUGGCGAGGUAUGCUGACAGGCUCCUUCCCAAACAAGGGACACACAAGGAGGGCUGCACCCCCGUGACUGGAGCCAGGGAAGAGAUUCCUGUAUUUAAAAGGCGCAGGAGGUCCAGUUCUGUUAUAGCCUCAGACAUGGCACACAGUCAGUCCAACAGUAAGUCACACCGACGGACCUCUCUGCCAUGCAUCCAAAGGGACCAGAUGCUUUCCCGUUCAGAAUGGGACCACAAGAGAGGCUCCCGAGGAUCACAGUCCUCCGGCACAACUGUGAUGGUGGAUAUUGCAGUGAUGGGAGAGGCCCACGGACUGAUCACAGACCUGCUGGCUGACCCCUCCUUGCCGUCCCACACUUGCACGUCGCUGCGGGCGGUCAGCAGCCUCCUGACCACCCAGCUCACCUUCCAGCCACUAUACCGACCGCGCCCCGCCCCCCUGCUCAACCCCAGCGAUGCGUACACCUGCUCUGAUUCAGAGGAGGGGCCUGAGAAAGGAGAGAAGACAUCCAUACACAAGCGUCUUAGGCGAAGUCUCCACCCUGGCCUCUUAAGGAGGAUUUCUUCCACAUGGACAACCACCACCUCUGCCACUGGUCUGCCCACCAUUGAGCCUGGACCUGUUCGAAGGGACCGCAGCUCCAGCAUCAAACCGUACCAUGACACACUCACAUGCAGUUGUGGGAGGCCAUACAUCAGACUAACCCAUGGAGAGGGAUCUAUAGAUAAGGGAGACAGAACACCACGAACAGAGGACCAAGUGGUUGCGUCAUCCGACUAUGACAGCACCCAUGAAGCCAACCACAGUGACAGCAGUGAUGUAGCACACACAGAGGAGGGCACGGAAGAAGGGAAAAAACCCUCCCAGAACGUCCUCCUCCAUGCACUAAUACCUCCCGAGGACAAACCCGUUCUGGCACCAGAACCAUUAGUAAUGGAAGACCUGGAGCCUUUGAUGUGUCAGUUAAACAAUUGGAACUUCCCUAUUUUCACCCUAAUGGAGAAGACAAAUGGAAAAAGUGGGAGGAUCCUUAGUCAGGUAUCUUAUAGGCUUUUUGAGGACACUGGCCUGUUUGAGACCUUUAAGAUCCCCGUUAAAGAAUUCAUGAACUACUUCCAUGCUCUAGAGAGCGGCUACAGAGACAUACCAUAUCACAACAGGAUCCAUGCCACAGAUGUGCUUCAUGCGGUCUGGUACCUCACCACACAGCCUGUGCCUGGCUUACCCAGCCUAAUUAAUGAUCAUGGCUCUGCUAGUGACUCAGACUCUGACAGUGGAAUAACGCACAGUCACAUGGGCUUCCUGGUUUCAAAGACCUACUCUGUGCCAGAAGAUGGAUACGGCUGUCUGUCGGGUCUCAUACCUGCUCUGGAGCUGAUGGCGCUUUACGUGGCUGCUGCAAUGCAUGACUACGAUCACCCUGGGAGAACAAAUGCUUUCCUUGUGGCCACUAGCGCCCCGCAGGCAGUGCUCUACAAUGAUCGCUCAGUUCUGGAAAACCACCACGCCGCCUCUGCCUGGAACCUCUUCAUGUCGCACUCAGAGUACAACUUCCUCGUCAACCUGGACCACGUGGAGUUCAAACGCUUCAGGUUCCUGGUUAUUGAAGCCAUCCUGGCAACAGACCUCAAGAAGCACUUUGACUUCCUGGCUGAAUUCAACGCCAAGGUGGGCGAUGAUCCGUCCACAGGUAUUGACUGGUCUAAUGAGAAUGACAGGUUGCUGGUUUGCCAGAUGUGCAUUAAGCUGGCAGACAUCAAUGGGCCUCUGAAGUGCAAGGAUCUACAUCUGCAGUGGACCGAGGGCAUCGUCAAUGAGUUCUAUGAACAGGGCGAUGAGGAGUCUAGCCUGGGGCUUCCUGUCAGCCCCUUCAUGGAUCGAGCAGCACCACAGCUGGCCAAACUUCAGGAAUCAUUCAUCACGCACAUUGUUGGCCCGCUCUGUAACUCGUACGACUCGGCUGGCCUCAUACCUGGACGAUGGGUGGAGCCGGAGCCUGAGGAAGAAGAGCCAGAAGUAGCAGAAAGCGAGGAGGCAGAUGACGAUGGAUCCACCUGCUCUGAUGCAUCACAGAAAUCGGCUCCUAAAAAAAGGAGGAAAGUAUUUUGCCAGAUCACACAUCACCUGCUGGAAAAUCACAAGAUGUGGAAAAAUGUGAUCGAAGACGAAUCUCAGAAGGAGGAGCAAGGAGCAGAGUCGGCCCAUUUAAACAAAAUCGCUGAACCAAUACUGGCUAUUGAUGAAGAAGAAGAGGAAUCGGGCAGCAGGGAGGAGCAGGUGGAAGGAGAUCACCGUGAGGAAGAAACAGUGGCGCCAGAGUGGCCCGUGUCUGUAGGGGGCGACUGUAAGACUCCAGAGGAGCAAGGAGACAGUGAACCACAGUGAAACCUCUAAAACGCUGUCCCCCUCAGUUAGAGACGCAGCAUCAGUCAGGAUAAGAAUAUAAAGAAAUAUUCCUUUUUGCCUUGUCCUACUGACUCCUGUUUCUGCCAGCACAUUACUUAGACACAACACUGUAGAUGUUUGGGAAACGCGUGCCUACACAGAAAAAAAAAAUACAGGUUGGGAAAUUUUGUGCUUUACACGUUUAAUCCGAAUAUGUGGUUUUACCAAACAUUUAUACUUUUUUUUCCAUAUUGCAAUAAUUGAUUAUUCAUGGACUUUGGGAUAAAGACUAUUUUGCUACUGUCAAAAGUUGAAGAAAAGCAGUUGCAAAGGCUUUAGCUCAGUGUGGUAACACAGGACUGCAGAAACUUGCUGCCAAUUUAUACAGAAUUAUUUCCCGAAUGUGAUUAUAAACGUCACCAUUGCUUGUGCUUGUUUUUGCGAAUGUGGCUCAUUUUAAUCAGUAUGAACUGUGCUACCGUAUGUUGUUCUUUCUACACAUGGAUUAUAGAUGGAGUGAUUCACAUGAGGAAUGAUCUUCCAGAAAUAAUCCCUCACCUUUUGGCUUUAGGGUACAAAAUCAAAUAUUCACACGUUUUAUGUUUGAUGAUUAUUGCCAAAUGAAGUACUUAAUACCAUCCUGUAGAGAUAGGGGAAAUGUAGAACCCUGCACUGUCUCUAUGUGGCAGCAUUUGUGCAGUUCUCCGUUUUCGUUUCAGUGCACGCAUUUGUUCUUCAGAAGGCAGAGGAGAAACUUUCAGAAAAUCACACUUUUAAAUUACAGUAAACCUUAUGUCAAAGUCACAAAUAUCUUACAGUACUGCCUUGCAUAAGUAUUUACAUCCAUGUAUUUGUUUCAUACCACAGUUAAAAACUUCCUCCGUUCAGACCAAAGUAAAACUUUUAUUAAAUGGGCAAAAUGCUACCUGUAUGGGAAAACUAACAUUGCACAUCGGCCUACCCACACAGUGACAAAUGGUUGUAGCAGCAUCAUGGCUGUGAGGAUUUGUUUUCCCUUAAUUAGCGAUAAAGAAGUUGGUCAGGGAUUAUGGGAAGAUGGCUAUGUUUUUACAUCUAAGAUUGACUAAACACACAGCCAGAGCACGACUACGGUGUAGAUCAAAGCAUAUCCAUGUGCUAGAAUCAAAGUCCAGACCAAAAAUCCAAUGGAAAACAUUUGGCUACACUUUAAAAUUGAUAUUCACAGAUGCUCUCCACCCAAUCUGACUGAGCUUGAGCUUGAUUUUGCAAAGAAGAAAGGUCAGUCUCCUGAAAUAACUGCAGCAACAGGUGGUCCAACAAAGUAUUGAGUGGGAGUGGGUAGAUAAAAAUUAACACCACAUUUUCACACGUUUUAAUUACAGGAAAAUCUUGAAAUACGUGGUUAAAUUUUCUUCUACUUCACAAUAAUGUUGCUUAGUUUCGGUCUAUACCUCAAAAUCCUAUUAAAAUGUAUUGAAGUUUGUGGCCUUAAUGUGACUAAAUUUAAAAAAGGUUGAAGAGUAUGAAAGCUUUUGCAAUACGCUGCAACAGAUCCAAAGUUUAAAAUUAGUAAUUUAUCUUAAUUCUAGAAGCAUCUUAGAACAUCAAUUACAGAAAGCUGAAUGCAAGAAACUAAUUAUAUACCAACCCCAUUUUUUUCUUACAGAAAACAAAUAUACAUAUAUCAACUGGACAAAAAUCUUAGUAAAAUAAGUUAUCAUAAACAAGAUCUUUAUUUAGUCCUUUUAACACCAUAUUGUUGCCAUGAAUAUUAUUCCUUUAGGGAUUUUCUACCUAAGCGGCUCCAGGGGGAGUUUUCCAGAGCCAGAGAAACAGCAUGAUUUUCCUUUGUUAUGUGAUUUUCUCUUGAUCACAAAGCACUGAGGAACUUGAACUAUGGCAAUCACAUUAUGUAUUCCAGUACCCCCGGUAAUGUCCAAUGUCUAGCCUAAUUGUUUAACCUUGUUUUAAAAAAGGUUGUGUAGUAACUUGUGACCGACCAGUAGCCUACCUUUGACAUGCAGCCCUGCAAAUGUGAAUUGCACACAGCAUUUCAAAGAGGAUUCAUUAAAAAGUACUUUUUUGAUAAUCACACACAGAUCUGCUUUUUGAAGAAAAGCUGCAAAAAGCACUGGUCAGCACAACUCUAUGCAUUGUAUUGACCCACCUAUAACUCCAUGAUGAGUAAUAGCAAGAAAAAAGCUGAAAAAUGAGAAACACUGACUUGUGCUAUUCUAGUGCUAAUCCAGCCUUGGAUUCAUGUCAAACUUUAGUGGCUUCAUUCCUAAAAUAGAUGUUAAACCUUAAGAAACUUGGGAGUCUAACUUUGGCCCAACUUAGUGUUAGUUAAAGUGUUGCUUUGCAACCAGAAUUUCCUUACAGGUACUUUUUUCUUUUUUUCUAAUAAUUAGACUAAAGGAUGGACAGUUGUAUUCAACAUUUUUUUAAUCUUAAACCCUACUGACACUGGUUAUGAUCCUCAGGAAAACUACAUGUGUUAACAUCCAAGUAUGACUAAAUUGGUAUGACAUUUAAAGACAAACACCAAUAAGUGUUAAUUCUGAAACAUGUCCGUAAAAGGCAGAAGGAAACUAAAGACACAUAUGGUUACUUUUUCAGUGAUCUUUGUGCUGUGAAUCUGUUUGAUUCUCCUGGCACCUCAGGGACUCAUUCAUUCUCUUACGGUUCACAGCAGACCAGAUGCUGCCAAACAGGCUUGUCAGAAAGCUAGCAGCAAACAUUCACAUCAAAGUUUUAACUGUACUCAAAGUUAAUGCAAUCUGUUUGUGGCAAAAACACACGACGUGUCAGUUGAUUUGAGCGUAGACAAAAUAUUGUCGGUGUGAAUCCAGCCAAAAUCCUUUCCUAAAAUCUGUGUACUCUUUUCAAAUUGGCCAGAACUCCAUUAGAAGACACCAUUCUAAGCUUUAUGGGGCUGUUUUGACAUCACAGUUGGUUGACAACAUGGUGAUUGAUUAUUAGUUUUAGCUAUCUCCACCACAAUUUAAUAUUUUGUUUGUACUACAUGAGCAAAACUUGGUUCUGUGGCUCCAAUCCCCAAUACAUGUCAGAUGUAUGUAUCAACAUAAAAAUUAGGUAAAACAUUUAUCAAGCUAUUGUGAUAAUCAUGGAGGCAUCUCCUGUCUGUUAACAUGCACAUGCAGUGGGAGAAAUGGCUUACCACAGCCAAUUUUAAGGGGAUACAGUUUUUGAAGUGAGGCUCUGUUAAUAGGUUAUCAUCAGUUAAUAUUUUACCUGCAGUAGAUAAAACCUUUCAUCUAACAUAAGUGUAGAUUAUUUAAUCUAGAAUGGAGCUAACAGUUUGUCUAAAACCAAUUCUAAUCUGUGCUAAUGCUUAUUCAUCAACUUUCCUGUAACUAGCUGUUAAUUCAGAUUUAUAAUAAAUGAAGAUGCCGUGAGUUUUCCUAUGCAGGUGAGAUAUUAAUUGCUUACAACCUUUUGACGAAAUCUCACGAAAAAAAAUCCGGAUCUUGCUUUGAACCUUAAAUUAAAGUUAAAAAAUAAAAUCAACUUAAACGCUGAUAAAUUUAGUCUUUUCUUAUCUGGAUGUUGGACUUGAUAACACUCCAUUCAAUGUUUUUUUUUUUUUUUUUACGAAGCAAGAACCUCAACUAACCAGCUCCUAGAUUGUCAAAAUAAAUAAAUAAAGGAAAAAUAAGCAAAUUACUUCUGUUUUCAUUAAACUGGAUUAGGCAUCAAACUAAGUUGUAUUGUGGCUUUACAUUGUGUGGAACAGAAAGAGCAGUAGUCGUAAUCUGGGUGUAAAACUAAGAGAAAACAACCAGAACCACCAUAUUUUAAUGAUAAAGGGAACUAGGUCUUUAGAAUGUCUCUAUUGAUUUUUAAAAACAUUAUUCUUUGGCUUUAGACAUGUUUCCACUUUUAAGUGGACAGACACAAGUUUCCAAAAAAAAUGGCUGAAAUGUUUCCUCAUACUGCUAAUUGCAUUUGCUCUUUUUUUAGUGGUAAAACAUAAGCACCACCUUGAAGCAGGUUUGCAAGUCUUAAUACCACAAAUGCCACUCUUUUGUUAUGCAGUGCUUCAACAUGCCCAUUAAUUUUGUGCAUUCCAUAGUUCCUUAUGGUCACACAAUGAGAGCUGUGUGUACUCGUUUGGAUGUUAGGCAUGAGGCCAGACCAUUGUUAAGUGUUUUAUGGGGGAGAUCCAAUUUCAGAGCUUGAAAAUCCUUCUUUUUUUAAUAACUGAUGGAAAGAUUUCAAUGCAUAACCACGUCCAUAAUCUUAAUUUUCUUAUCUUUGAGAAUUAUGAAUACAUAGGAGCAUCAUGUCCUUGCAUCCUGAUAGAUUGUGCACUAACAUAUUUUUUCACCACACAAUGGCCCUAGCUGUGUUAAACAGGGCAGUCCGUGAACAAUGGCCUCUUUGCUGCCGUCCUGACUCUGUCGCAGUGGGUGCUGCUAAGGGUGGAGGCCACACACAGGCUUGAGGAUUGGCUGACCUACCGAUUAGUCUGACAUCACACACGUUUGCCCUCAAACCUUUUAUCAGGACAGAAUUUUUUGGAUCCACUGAAUCAUCCGGUGUUUGCCUAACCCUUUGUAUUAUUCUGGCUGUGGGAUUUUAUUCUGUUUGAACCUUUUUUUUUCUUUGUUGACUUGUUUCAUUCCAAAUGAGCUGCAACCAUCCUUAAACAAAGGACAUAUUUAUUUUAACCUUUGAAAAUCCUGAUAUUCCAAAUGAACAUUUACAAGUUUAUAAUGCAAUCUUCCGCAAUUUACUGACCUGAAACACUCCAAAACAUUCCAUAAUGUGUGCUGUUGUUUUAUCUUUUUCAAUUUAUCCACUGGCCCUUCUAAUGUGACUGUCCUAUGGUGUACUGCUGUGGUGAGGAAUUUUAAUGGGAAUAGAUGAGGUAAUGAAGGUCAAAGAGAUGCAGUAAGCAGCUUUUAAUUCCCUGCACAUGCUCAGCUCAAAUUGUUAUCCUCCAAAGCUCCUACAGCAUAUUGCUCUUAGUGCUUCCACUUUGAUCAGCUGAGCUUUUGUUGCACAGCACCAUGAGCUCAAACAUAAAGGCAUUCAGACUUUGUCCGUAGAUUUAAUUUGUUCAUGAUCACACCUUUUUUUUAAAAGACUGAACAAUAUAUGCAUUUCUGCUCAUCAGAAUACUUGCAUUUGAGUUAAAACUUUAUAUCUGUUUUGUAGUGUUAUUUUAUUAAUUCAAUUGUUUUGUUUGAUUGUCACCAUUAUUCACAAGUGUAAGAUAAUUGUAACCAUUUGAACCAAACAAGCUUUACAAUGAUGUAAACAAAAUGAAAUGAGUAUUUUUAUAUAGCUGACACAUAAUGGAAUAAUGACUUACUAUUUUCCUCACUAGCUCUCUUCACUUACUACAUGUACUAAAACUAUGUCAAAAUUCACAGUAUUUGUGGAACUAAAUUAAUGAAUUUUCUUGCAGGUUCAUGCUCUGUUUUGUACAAUAUAUGCUGUACAGGUUAAGAAAUUUUAAAACUACAAAAAACUUUUAGAUAUACAUUAUUUAUUUUUACCAUUUUGUAAUUUAGACACUAUACUGUAGCUUCAAUAUUGCCGGACUUACUGGAAGUGCCUAUAUUGGUAUUAUGUAUCAUACAGUGAAUAUAUAGUAUAUGGAGAUCAUAGACAAUGUCACAGACUGAACCAGUGUGGAUGUUGUAAUGUGAAUACAUUGAAUUACAAAAUUACAGUUUCUGUGUUUA